CAGGGAAGAAGACAUAUGAUCUCUUGAAGGAGGCAGGAGAAGAAAAUCAGAACUAGCAAAGAAUGGAAGGGCAAGAGCAGCAGAACAAGUCCCGGGUCGUGAAAGUCGAGUCGCCCGAGUCGUGGGAUUCCUACUUGGCUCCGGCCAACGCUCAAGCCUGCCCUGUGGUGGUGCACUUCACUGCUGCUUGGUGCAUGCCUUCGGUGGCCAUGAACCCGUUCUUUGAGGAGCUGGCCUCGACGUUCCCAGAUGUUCUGUUCCUCACGGUUGAUGUUGACGAUGUUAAGGAGGUGGCGACUAGAAUGGAGGUAAAAGCCAUGCCGACAUUUUUACUGAUGAAGGACGGAACUCCAGUCGACAAGCUAGUGGGUGCAAAUCCGGAAGAGAUAAGGAAAAGGAUAGAUGGUUUCGUGCAGUCCUUUCGCACAAGCGUUGCCUAGUAACAGCUUCUCGCCCUGACAGGGCGGACACCGUGCAUUUUGGUCUUUGUAAGAUUUGUGGUCUGAGUGCCGUGGUGUUAAUAUUUACGAGCUUGCUGUUUGUAAAUUCGACUUGUGGUAUCAUCGAUCUUGUAAGUGUCAAAUGUUUUAAUGGUGGGUUGCCACAAGUUCAAUGAUCUUCUACCUUCGUCUUU